AUGGGACAGUGUCGGUCAGCCAACGCUGAGGAUGCCCAGGAAUUCAGUGAUGUGGAAAAGGCCAUUGAGACCCUGAUCAAGAAUUUCCACCAGUAUUCGGUGGAGGGUGGGAAGGAGACGCUGACUCCCUCUGAGCUCCGGGACCUGGUCACCCAGCAGUUGCCGCACCUCAUGCCGAGCAACUGUGGGCUGGAAGAGAAAAUCGCCAACUUGGGCAACUGUAACGACUCUAAACUGGAGUUCGGGAGCUUCUGGGAGCUGAUUGGAGAAGCAGCCAAGAGUGUGAAGCUGGAGAAUGCUGUCCAGGGGAGCUGA